AAAUUUACCAAGGCCAGGACGACGACCAGCGCCAUUCGAUUCAUAACACCAGGCGCCCAAAGGCCUCUGCCCCAAGCCCCUCCUCCCACGAAGGCCCGGCGCAUAUCACGAGGGGCUCGCUAGCAAGUCACCCCCCCCGGAACCGGCAGCAUCGGGCCCGCCCGCCCUGCACCACCCCCACAAUGGCCAGCCCCGGCACGGUGCGCCCGGCCGUGAGCCGCGUGCUCCAGCGCUGCCAUGUCUCUCAGCCCGCCGCCACCCUGCCAUUAUGCCAAUCGGCCCCAAUACCUACGAGGCUGCGACCUGCGCCCUGGCUCCUCCCGCGACAGCAUCAUCAACAGCAGCAGCGCAGCCUCUCGGGCUCGGCCCCGCUCUUGGAGCGCAAGACGCGCGACAGCAGCAAGCUCCGGGGCGUGUCGACGAUCCACCGCAGCGGGCCGCGCGAGGUGCUCUCGGUGUCGUUCGACGAACUCCCGCGGCCCAACCCGGACAAGAACGCGGGCCGCAUGACCGAGGCCGACAACGAGCCGGGCCACGGCCUCUGGGGCUUCUUCUUCGACAAGAAGAUGGUGCCCACGCCGGCCGAGGCGGCCGCGUACGGGCGCGCGUGGACGGUGCAGGAGCUGCGCGGGAAGAACUGGGACGACCUGCACGCGCUCUGGUGGGUCUGCUGCAGGGAACGGAACCGCAUCGCGACGGCCAACCACGCGCGGGACAAGCAUGAUAUCGGCUUCGGGGCGCAGGAGCUCGGAUCGAGAGAUGAGGCGGUGCGGCGGACGAUGAAGGCUAUCAAGCACGUGCUCACCGAGAGGUAUUAUGCCUGGGAGGACGCGGUCGAGCUGGCCAAGGAGGACCCGGAGAUCAACAUGAGCGGCAAAGGCCCCAUGUACACACCCUCAUCGCACUACGAUGAGGAGCUCGUAGACACUGCCCCGGAGAAGGCUGCCGGUGAGGCAGAGACUGCCCCUGUCGAGGGCGAGGCUGCUCCCGCCGGCGCGGAGACAGCAGAGAAGCCCCCGUCACAAGAUGCUGCCGCCGCCGACCCGUCGGUCGUCCCACCUUCAGCAACGAAGGAAGAGGCGCCAAUCGCAAGGUCUUGAAGGAUGGGCGAGCUGGAAGGCCGAAGUGAACGGCCUGGGGUAUGGUCUCUGUGCACGACGUCUCGCGAUGGUGGGGUUGGGGCAAGUGUGUGUGUCCCCUCCGGACCGCCUGCACCGCAUGAUGGAGGUAGCACUGAUAGCGUGUAUGUCUAUGUAGAUACCUACUGCCUACUGCCCACCUACUCACACAUUGUAUAUCUACCGCCUCAAUGUUCGUCGUUCUCUCCCUCAAACGGCGGUUCGGGCCGGCGAGCGGAGCCUACGGUGGACCUAGGGCAAUGGUUGCUCCUCGUGCCAAGCUCACGCUGAAUACCUACCUGCUUGUUUGCAAGAACAGACCCGAAUGGUUGGGCAAGGCAGCAGAUAUGGCGGGUUCAGGUUGUCUGGAUGCCAAGGGGAUGGACACCGUGGUGAGGCUCUUUGGCGGCGGGGCAUGUCCCAACAAGCCAGGGGGGGUCCCUGCUUCAUACAUGGAGGUACCGAAGCGGAACAAAUUUGGUGGCCGGGGAGUUUGAUAACACGAACGGCUGGGUUGACAGGGGUUUGGUGAAGCCAAAUCCGAGCUUGGUAAGGUGGCAGAAACGGGCGGGCUGGCUAAUGAGCACCCAGGCUGGCUGCAGGUACGGUACCGUGGGAAACCGUGGGAAGCCGUGGCGAGUAUUGGGAGACAUUUUCGGGUUGUGUGGAGACUCAGGCGGACGGUGUGAGCGGUAUGUGCAUGUCAUGGAAAAAUAAGGCCAGUCAGUUUCCGAGCAUGGGCGGUCAAGCAGAUUGAGCUCCCAGCCGAGAUGGCGGGGUUGCUGGGUUAUGUCAGCCACAGCAUGGAUGGAGCGGGGACGAGAGCUUGUUAAUGCAUCGGGCAGGGGUGCUCUGGAACACCGCAGCCCACCUACCUACCUUAGGUACCCGGGCAGGUACCGACGUACCUCUAGGCCUCUGGUCUGCUCUCAAUGCACAAUCCAUCCCACCCUCCCGCCUGGCCUCUGCCGGACUUUAUGGUCCCCGUCUCAGACUCCGAACCCACCGCUACACUUUAUCUCUCUUCCUUCCCUGCUGCCCCAACAUCGACUGCAACGAGCU